GAAACUCACUGCGUGGCGUUUGGAUCAUACCGCGAAUUGAGCUGGACUACUGGUUUCGAGAUGGGCACGCCACGUCUUGCUCGCGUGGUCGAACGAUGUUCUACGUUUACAAGCUCGAAGACGCGGCAAUGCAUUGCCGGCGACCAAAAAGAGGUAUGCGAAACACCGGGCCACGCCGGUUAAGGCUCAAGAUAAUUCAUUUUCUUUCACUCACUUACACGUAGGUUUGGCGUUUUCUCUCUUCACGUGCAGCUAAAAGGACAUAUGGAGGGAUUCUGAGAGAGUGAACUAGAUCUAGAACUUCGAAGCAAAUGAAUUUUUAUCUCAAAGAGCUCUAAGGAGAAGACACAUCGCGCGGUACUACAUCGAUUUGAGCCAAGCAGAGGCUGAAAAAGACUCUCCGCAGUUAGCAAAGGCAAGGAGUAUCUUUGGCGGCGAAGUAUUUCCUUUCGUUUCUAAUGAAGAAGAUUAAACGCGGCAUCGUGGUUAUUUGUGAAAUCACAGGGCUUGCACAGUUUUGACUUUGAACAGUACAUGUAUAAACUUCAGCAUCUACUUUGUGGUUUCUUUUAUUUAGCGUUCAUCUUCAAGGAGUUUGUGAAGAGGCACUCCUGCAGUGAGCAACCAAGCAAGGGAAGCACAUCUGCAUAUAUAUUUGUUGUUCCAUCGAUUUAGAAGAAAAGUCAGGGUUGAGAAACUCCAGCAACGGGGCUAAAAAAGUCUGCUGCUCUGGCGUGCGGGGCGCGAGAGAUUGUGUGUUGAUGCAUGCUGAUCGUUGAUUGAAGUUCAGGGGUAAUUGUGAAACUGUAGCGUUGCUUGGUGGAGUAUCUGCUGGAAAAGCACUAUCAAAUUCGACACAACGGAGUCCGUAGUUAACAGUUGCGGUUAC